AUGGCCAAUAUGGGUGCUUUCUCAAAUGGAGGCUAUGAUUUAGAGUCCAAGAUCAAGACUGAGAAUGAGCCAGAGGAGGAAUCAUCCCAUAGAGUGAAAAUCGAAACAUUCAGCAGUAUUGAUGAUUACUCCUCUCUUUUUGGGAAGUGGGGCAACAGUGAAAUCCAGAUAAAAAGUGAGGAAAUAAAGCAGGAGAAUGAGGAAGUAAAACAGGAAAGCGAUGAGACAGAAAUUGCCAAACACCAGAAGAUUCAAACUAGAGACAAAAAUUAUAAAAAUAAGAACGAGAAGAAAGCUUCCCCUCAAAAUUCAAACUCUUCUGAAGACCGGGAAAUCCAGGCUAUUCAGAAGGCUUAUAAAUGUAAUUCAUGUGAGUUGAUCUUCCCCGACAACUUAAGACUUACUCAACAUCGGAAGAUCCACACUGGAAAGAGGCCUUUUAAAUGUGAGCAGUGUGGGAAAGCUUUCUUUAAGAUUGCAAAACUUCAUCUACAUCAGAAGAUCCAUUUUGGAGAGAAGCCUCAUAAAUGUAAGGAGUGUGGGAAAGCAUUCACCCAAAAUGCAACCCUUUUAAAACACCAGAGAAUUCAUACUGGAGAGAGGCCAUAUCAAUGUAAUGAGUGUGGGAAAAGCUUUGCUCAGAAGUCAACCCUGUCCAACCACCAGAGAAUCCAUACCGGAGAGAAGCCUUAUAAGUGUGAUGAAUGUGGGCUAACCUUCAGUCACAGAUCAACCCGUAUUAAACACCAGAGGAUUCAUAGUGGAGAGAAGCCUUAUAAAUGUAAUACAUGUGGGAAAACCUUUAUAGAGAGGUCCAACCUUACUCAACAUCAGAAGAUUCAUACUGGAGAGAAGCCUUAUAAGUGUAAUACUUGUGGGAAAGCCUUCAAUCAAAACUCAAGCCUUUUCAACCACCAGAAAGUUCACACCGGAGAGAAGCGUUAUAAAUGUGAGGAGUGUGGGAAAGCCUUUAAUCAGAGCUCCACCCUUAUUUCCCAUCAGAUGAUCCAUACUGGAGAAAAGCCUUAUACUUGUGGUGAAUGUGGGAAAGCUUUUCUUAAAAACUCAAUUCUGAUUAAACAUCAGAGAAUUCAUACUGGAGAGAAGCCUUAUGAAUGUAGUAAAUGUGAAAAAGCCUUCACUCAGAGCUCAACCCUUAUCAAACACCAGCGAGUCCAUACAGAAGAGAAGCCUUACCAGUGCGAUGAGUGUGGGAAAGCUUUCAAUCAAAAAUCUAACCUGGUACGCCAUCAGAGGACACACACUGGGGAGAAGCCUUUUAAAUGCCAUGAAUGUGGGAGAGCCUUUAUGAGAAAGGUCCUGCUGACGGUACACAAAAGGAAGCACGAUGGAGAGAAUGUGGAAAAGUAA